GCCGUAUCAAUUUAUGUAUCUUGAUUUUGUCAUAUUAAUUCACUUUUUAUUUUUAAAAUUGUUAUUAUAUCUACAUUUAUUAACCGUGUGCUGUAGUUUAAAAUUUUGAAAUUUUGAUAAACUUUCAGUUAUAUACAAUCAAUUUGACGUAGCUGAUGUUGGAUCAAUUUUAGAAACGUGAUCAAACUUUCAUAUAUAUACAACCACUAAUUAUGUAAGGAGUAAGGACUCGAUUUGACGUAGAUACCCAGUUAAGUUAGCUCAAAAUACAUAUUUUACGUUUGAUUAUGCUAAUACUAUCAAUAUUAAUUUAUGUUAGACAAAUGACUUGGAUAUGUCAAUGACGUAUAGUAUAUUACUGAUGUCUGUAUAUAUUAAAACCCAAAACCUCACAUUAGCUAUGAAUACAUUUUAUACACAAUUUAAUCUAUAUUCGACUACAAUUAACAUUAUAGUUCUAAAGCAUAAUACGUAAUACAUAAAUAUACAAUUGAGGUUGAUACCGAAGUAGAAAACCUACGUAAAUAUGCAAUAGCUGUGAUGGCUGCACCAAUUAAAUGACCAACUCAAUAGACACCAAAGGUUCGUCCAAGUCAGCUAAUCACGGUCAGACCAAAUAAAACCGCCGAUUUCAUCGACGAAUGUGCUCUUAUCAAGCAAAAAUAAAUAUAUAUGUAAGGUUGCUAUCGAAGUAUAGUCACAGAAUCAAAAAUGAUUAUAUGUUAAACAUAUAAGAUGUUAGUAAUUUGGUUCGGCAUGAUUAUAUGAACCAUAAUAGUCAAAGAACCAUAAUCGUCAAAAAACCAAGACUUAACCAAACAUGUAUUUCGCGAAUGGUUUAAGUGAGUAAUUAGAUAUAAUACUUAUGUAGAGAUAUAAAGCAUAAUAUAUGAGAGAAAUGUUAGUCUAGUGUAUAAUGGCAAACUAUGUAAAUAGUCUAGUGAGAAGAAUGCAAUUAAUUAAUAGGGGUGAGGGUGAUUGUAGUGUUGCCACAUAAGAAAUGGCAUUUUUGUUAAUAACACAUGAGAUGAAGGUUAGAUUCAAAUAAUGUUCUUCAAAUAAUAAGAAAGGGAUAUUGGAAGAGGAAACAAGUUUAAAAUACUGCAACAAUUAGUUAGCCUUAAGACCAGCGCAAAGGAAAACUCUAUACCAAUAAUAGUAAAUUCCAUUUCUUAUAUAUAAAGAUAAAUGUAAGAGAAAAACAUAACAAAAGAACCAAAGCUUUAAAAGCAAUUCGAUUGACCUAUUGUAAUUUGUUUUAGACUAGAGAGAGAGAAAGAAAGAGAGAAAGUGUAUGAUCAAUGGCUGCAUCUAGAGAAUUUAUCAUAUGUUGCCUAUUAACACUUCUCUUGUGCAGUUUCUUCAUGAGAAUCGAGUCUGGUGCUGCUGACAUCACCAAAAAACGAUGUGGCGGAGGCGCCGGCAGUCUAGGGGACGAUAAUGAGCGGUGCGUGGAGGCGGUCAAAGAACAUGACGACAAUGACGUGGAUGAUGUUUUUAAAGUAAUUAACAAAAUGAGGAUAUAUGCUUGAUCAUGGUUCAUUAUUUAAUUAUGUUUUAGGGCUACAUAAUCAUACAUUAUAUUUUCUUAAGCUCGUUUUUUUUUAUUUCUGGCAUUGAUUAUUCUGUAUUUGUUAUAAUUUAAUUUUAUCUUUCUUUUUCCUUCCUUUAAUGAGAGAAAUUGUGAUCUGAACCAUGCGAUUCUAGUCAUUUUUGUCAUUCAACCUUCCAUGUUUUAAGUCAUUUAACAUCCCAUGAUUCUCUUAAUUUUUUUAGUAGAAUGUCGUUUUCUUUAAACGUUUACACAUAGGCCUGAAUGUACCUUGUAGUUUCCUUAUGUGGUUAUGUUAUGUGCCAAUGUACAGACUCCACUCUAAAAUUUCAAGAUGGGAUGAUUAAUAUUCAAGAAAUAGAUUUGGUUGACUCAAGUUCUUUAUAAGCCGCAAGUAAUCAAUGGAUUAACACUCCUACGUCCUCAUGAUUCCAAGACAAAAAAAGUCAUAAUACUCUAUUUAACACAGGUCAUCUCACAAGCACUAGAUGCUAGUUAAUUUCUAUGCAUAUUGAGAAGAAGACUAAACAUAAGAAAGCGUAUGAGGUUUCCGUAGUUUAAAAGAAAACAUUAGCUAAUUAAUAUUCUUAUUCAUUAUUAGCAUGUGCAUACAAACACUGA